AUGGUAAAGGCAGCUGCUCUCCUGGUAAGCUUUGCAGCUACCAUCAAGUCCCUCUGGUACGGCGGAAGCCCGUUUGCCGGGUUUACAGCCCUGUGGCCGACGGACGCGGAUGGCAAAUGGAGCAUCCAGGCAGAAGGCAUCCGGCUUGUUUUUACCAAUGCGAAUGGAGGCGCUCCAACAAACCUAUUCAUAAACGACACAAACGGGAACGAAAUCGACCUCAUUCUAGGCCUAGAUAACCCGAAGGAAUACGCAAACUACGUGGGCCAGCUUGGAGGGACAAUAGGUCGAAUGGCCGGCCACAUAAGCAAUGCUAGCUUCGUCAUUAAUGACAAGAAAUACCAUACCUCUGCAAACGGGAAUAACGGAACCAGCACAUAUAACGGAGGAGUCGGUGGUUGGGAGCGAACAACGUUUGACGUUGGCUCCCGCACAAGCAAUAGCAUCACCUUUGUGGUUUUCGACCGCGCUGGUAAGAACGGAUUUCCAGGAAAUUCAGGGUCUGCUUUAACACACUCGGUAUACCCGUAUGAAUGGCGGAUCUCGUACGGCGUCACACCCACCAGGACUAGCGACCCGGUGCCUAUUAACCUUAGCCAUAAGACAUUUUGGAACCUAGAUGGAUUUAGAGAGGGAUCAGAGACUAUCAAGGAACAUCGGUUACACCUACCAUUUUCAGGAUUACGACUUGAAGAGGACCAAGACCAAAUUCCAACAGACGUAGGGCUGGCACGGAAAGGGUCUUACGAUGACCUCUUUCUAGUCAAUCGGCACCAGCCAUGGGAAAUGGAUAGCAACCCUGUCGCUUCGCUCUCAUCGGUAAAAUCAGGCAUUACACUCAACAUGUAUACCGAUCAAGCGGCAGUGCGCCUGGUGACGUGGGAUAAGCCCUACUCAAACUUGGCGUUAAAGGCAGCCCAGGGGGGGGCCAAAGUCGGCAAGAAUGCGGCCAUCUCAAUGCAGAUGAUGGACUGGCCAGACGCCUUACAUCACCCUGAGUGGCAGCGUGAAAGUCGUAUUCUUUAUGGGCCGGAUAGAAUGAUGACGUCUGUGUCCAAGUUUAAGUUUUUGGUUAAAGGCAGGACUAGCUGCCAUUAG